UCUGUAAGCACUGAACGAUCAUCUCGUGACUAGUGACGUCAUCAACCAAUAUAUAUAUAAAAACUGUUAUCUUCCAUCCAAAUUCUUUUAUAGUUUCGUAGAUACUUUGCUGUUAAAAGUUAACUGAAGUUGUAAUCAUGGCAUUGUAUCCGUCACUGGAAGAUAUGAAAGUUGACCAAAUGGUCAAAGCUCAACAAACUGCUUAUGCCAGCAAUCAUGCUAUACAAUACCCUGCACAGUCUGAACAUGGUCACUUGUAUCCAACUCUGGGAGAUUAUAUGGGUCUACCAUUGACUCCUGAAUUGGUUCAGGAUAUGGCACCACCAGCAAAUACACAAAUUGCUUUAAGUCAUGGACAUAGUGAUCAGAUGCAAGUAGCUCCAAUAACUGGUGCCAAUAAAGGUUUGGUAAGAGCUGAGAUAAAACAAGGUAUUCGAGAAGUGUUGCUGUGCAAAGACGAACAUGGAAAGAUUGGAUUGCGUCUCCGACAUGUGAACAAUGGUGUGUUUGUAGCUUUGGUGCAGAGUGGUUCUCCAGCAGCUAUGGCUGGUUUAAGAUUUGGAGAUCAAAUUCUUCAAAUUGACAACCAGUCAGUUGCUGGUUGGGACAACGAUAAAGUUCAUAAAUAUUUGAAGUCUGCCAAUCCUCAGAAGAUUUGUAUGGCUGUUAGAGACAGGCCAUUUGAGAGAACUGUCACCAUGCAAAAAGACAGCAGUGGCUAUGUUGGUUUUGUUUACAAGGAUGGCAAGAUUAAGUCUCUGGUGAAAGAUUCUUCUGCUGCUAGAAAUGGUCUUCUUACUGACCAUCAACUUAUUGAAGUGAAUGGACAGAAUGUUGUUGGGUUAAAGGACGCUGACAUAGGAGCUAUUAUUGAUGCUGGUGGUCGAACUAUUACAGUUACUGUGAUGCCUAGUGUCAUCUAUGAGCAUGUUGUUAAAUGCAUGGGUAACAGUUUGAUGAAGAAAUUAAUGGAUCAUUCAAUUCCUGACCUGUGAAGUCCAGCCUCUAUCUAAUGCUCAAAUAAUCAGCUGUCAAUGGUUACAUUAACAAAACUUGUGAGACCUACUGUUAAUUCAGUUUUAGGUUGCACAUUAUACCAUUAAACACUGAAUGCUUUGAUGUAUGCUAUGAAAAAUGUGUGUAUGAGUGUGUCCAUGAUGAAGAAUGGCUGUGUUGAGUGUUUCUGAUAGCUGCUUGUCUUCAACAAUAUAUCAAUCGAAAAAUAAUAUAAUUACACUAUAACACCACUUAAACAUUUGAGCCAAUUUAUAACAAUUUGGCUAAUGAAUCAUUCUGGUCAAUUAGCAAAGUUGUUUGUUUUUCUUUUUAACUUAGAAAUUUGUUAUGGAGGGUGCAUAUGAUUAUUAUCAUAAUUAUCAUUAUUUUUUUUUGUCUACUUUUUUUCUUUUCGAUUGCCAAAGAUUUUAGAUUUUACAGAAUUUAUUUCAAUUACCUCUACAAUUUGUCUAUUAAAGACUGACCACUUCAUCAAAAUAACCUAAAUAAUAAUAAUCAUAUUUAGUUCAAAUAUAUAAAACAAUUCGUUUGAAAGAAAUUUGAAAAUCAGUUUUAGAUACAAUAUUUUGUCUAGUAUUAUAUUUAUGUAAUCUUAUCUAUAUGCAUCCUUUAUAUGUAUUUCUCUGUAUGUGCAUAUGCAUACAUAUAUUAAAACUGUAUGGAAUAGGUGUGCAUAUAUAUCUAAUAUACACACAUACUCAUACACACAUAUAUACAUAUACAUGCAAGUGAUAAAUUUUUUUUAAAUAUAUAUUUACUCAAAACUAUUUUCAAUAAAUAUUUUGUACCAUCUAUGAAUUAGUUGUUGCUUUUUUUUCCUCUAAAUAAAUAGUUUAUCAAGUGUUUGCCUCAUAACAAAAACGCCAUG